CGCUCCAAUGAGCAAACCAACAAAUUUAAUUUUGAAGGAAUUGGAACACAGGAACUUUAUAAAAGCCGUUCUUCCCAGCAGUGUUUGGCAUAGAAACAGCCCAAAUCCUUAACAGGUAUCUUAAAACAAUUCCAUAGGUAUUGCCCUCUUCACAAUGGCAUCGAAAUCAUCACUCUCAAUCAGAUUCUUGUGCUUACUCUUGUUAGCACUAGCAAAUGGUUCUAAUGCUGGCAAAAUUGCAAUCUACUGGGGCCAGAAUGGCAACGAGGGCACGCUGGCCGAGGCUUGUGCCACGGGGAACUAUGAUUAUGUGAUCAUAGCCUUUUUGCCAACCUUUGGCAAUGGCCAAACUCCUAUGAUUAACCUUGCUGGUCAUUGUGAUCCAUACAGUAAUGGUUGCACUGGAUUAAGCUCUGACAUCAAAUCUUGUCAAGCCAAAGGCAUCAAAGUAUUGCUCUCUCUAGGAGGAGGUGCUGGAAGCUACUCAAUUGCAUCAACUCAAGAUGCAAGCCAAGUAGCCACUUACCUUUGGAACAACUUCUUGGGGGGACAGUCAUCGUCUCGCCCUCUUGGCCCCGCCGUUCUUGAUGGUAUUGAUUUUGACAUUGAAGGUGGAUCAAACCAACACUGGGGUGAUCUUGCCAAGUUCCUUAAAGGGUAUGGAAAGCAAGUGUACAUUACUGCAGCACCUCAGUGCCCAUUUCCUGAUGCUUGGAUCGGAAAUGCUCUCACAACAGGCCUUUUUGACUUUGUUUGGGUCCAAUUCUACAACAACCCUCCUUGCCAAUACAAUUCUGGGGCAAUUAGUAACCUUGAAGAUGCAUGGAAGCAAUGGAUCACAAGUAUCCCUGCCAACAAGAUAUUCUUGGGGUUACCAGCUUCUCCACUGGCAGCAGGAAGUGGUUUCAUUCCUCCUGCUGAUGUUACAUCCAAGGUGCUUCCAGCCAUUAAGGGUUCUUCUAAAUAUGGAGGUGUUAUGCUGUGGUCAAGGUAUUAUGAUGUUCAGAGUGGUUACAGCUCUUCUAUUAAGAAAUAUGUUUGAAAUCAAAUCCAAUAAUUCCUGUUACUCACUUAUGUAUUAUAUAUGUAUGGAUGUCAAUGAGAUAUUGACAUCAGUAUGAAACUUUGUAUACUAUUAUGUCUUAUAAAAUAUAUAGAUUUUCUAA